CCAGCCGGCUGGGUCAGGGGCGACCACGUCGAUCCCGGCCGACGAAAAUGUCCCGCGCGUUACUAGAAGGCGUUUUUAAUAAUCCCCGCUGGCAUGGGGUGCGAGGAACUCUGGCAGAUUGGACCAGACUCGCUACGGGGAGGCUGAGACUGGCAGGGCUGGGGAGCUGCGUGGUACCUGCAGAGUGGGUGGGCUGCGGCCUUGGCCAGCAUCAGGGACAGCUCUGGCGCCCUGAGACACGCUGUCCCCUACCUGCGGCCUGCUGCAGGCCAUCAGGGUAACAGCUAAUGUGGGUGUAAGUAGAUAGCAAGUGCUGGGUCAUCCCUGUGCCUUGAUGCGGCCUUCCUGGGGAGGAUUGGGUAGUUGGAUCCCCCCACCCCCACCUCCAGAGCAUCAACAGUAGGGGGUGGCAGGGCUUCACUCAGGCCCCUCCUUGCCCCACUGCUGGGCUUUGCAGUAGCCUGGGCUUUGCCCGUUUUUCUCUAGGGAAUUGGGCACAGAGGGCUGUUUGUUGAGACCCUCCACCUUCCCUUCCCCCAGCACCUCUUCUUUGCUCCCUUGGGUUCCUGCUGGGCCACAAGCUUUAGAGUGAACCAUCUGCCCUUGGACAAGUCCCUGGGCCUCAGGCCCCCUUCCUCUUCAGGAAUGUCACAUGCCCUGCACUGGCCAGGCCUGUCUGCACUGACCAGGCCUCUCGUGUGGCUCCAGACCUGUUGACCACUGUUUUGUUGCCACUCUGGGCGCAGAGCCCUUCCAUGAGGCAGAUGUGAUGGCAGCUUAAGGGGUAGCUGAGUAAGUAGCUCUUUGGAAAGCUUUCGCACACUAGCUCAUUUGCCUUUGGGCAGCAUUUUGGAGCAAGCAUUCAUUGAUCCAAUCCUGCUCACACAAGGAAAACUCAGACUAAGGGGGUAGAUGGUGUUCCCAAGGUCAUUCAGAGCCAGGGCCAGCUCCUAGUGCCUCUGCUACUCCUGGGCCACUCUCCUAGGAGUCUUCCUGCAUCAGUGUCCUGUUGGGUGGGCUGGGGGCAGCUGGAGAGGGUGACUGUGUUGUCAGAUGGACGUGGCAGAGCCUCUUUUCCUCCCCCCAGGAUCCUAGUGCUCUGGUGGUGCAGGGUGGGGUGCCCUGGUGCCCACACAGCUUGUGUUACUUGCGUGUCCUCAGACUGCAGGCUCCUCAGACCAAGCCCCUGCCUGCUGUGAUGUGUGGUGGCCGUAGCCCUUCCCUGAGCUAAGAUAACCAGCUGUCAGGUCUGCCUGGGCUGCCCAGCCCGUUGUGCUUCCUUGGUGUCUUCACUUGUGGUCUGUUAUUCUGAUUACGUUUUGCAGUGUAUGUAAUCAUGCGCAGUGUCCUGGGAACUUGAUCCUGUGCCCGGCUUCUGCACUUGACAGUGAACUUGGAGGGUAUCCUGGUGCCCACCCAAGAGUGUUUCUUCUGUAAACACCCAUGGAGAGAUAAGGGGCUUCUCAGGGACCCCAGAAGGGGUCUGGAGAGAAACGGCCAGGACAGGGAGGCUGGGAAGACUUAUCGAAGUAGGGCCAUGCUUAUCACUGACACUCCAGAUGCGUGAGGAACAGGGCCCAUCCUUUGGUGAUGUGGCAGUCAGUACAUGGCAGCAGCAGCAUGGCAGAGCCUGGCCUUUGUUGGCCCCUACCAAAGGGUUUGGUCUAUGGUGAAAACAAGCCUAUCCCGACCAUAAGGAUAGGCUCCCUGAGAAAACAGGGUCAACCCAGAAGGACUGAGCCGCCUUUUGAGGUUAUCACGGCAGCUUUUCCCCUUUUUCUCUUACCUUCGUUUUUAGAUUGCAAAAAUCGUUUAUGCAUGCUUAAAAAUUAAAAAAGGCCCACCUCCAUCUUUGUCCUUGCUGACAUUUGGGGGUACCUCCGUCAAAGUCUUCAGUGCCAUAUUUACUUGAAGUGCUUGUCUUCACCCUCUUUUCGGGCAUGGUAGGAGUGCCCCUUUUUUUACUAACCACUCAGGCCGCAGGGACUGCUUCGAGACUGGCCUGUCCCUGGCUUGUGGAGAAGCUGAGUGUUCCUGCCAGGAGGGCCUGAGGGUGGGGCCACCCUGUGUCCAGAGCUUUCUGUCUGUUUGCGAUGCCUCUUGUUUGUGCUGCUCCUUGGAACAGGGAAGAGAUAGUGAUCCUCUGGUGUGAGGCUGAAGUAGUGCCCCGGAAGCAGUGUGAAGUUCUGAGGACAGAGUACCACUGUAGAAAAUGUGUCAGAUAAAAUGCAUUUAGGCCGGGCGCAGUGGCUCACACCGGUAAUCCCAGCACUUUGGGAGGCCAAGGCGGGUGGAUCACCUGAGGUCAGGGGUUCAAGACCAGCCUGGCCAACAUGGUGAAACCCGGUCUCUACUAAAAAAAAUACGGUAAUUAGCUGAGCGUGGUGGUGGGUGCCUGUAAUGCCAACUACUUGGGAAGUUGAGGCAGGAGAAUCGCUUGAACCAGGGAGGUGGAGGUUGCGUUGAGCCGAGAUUGCGCUACUGCACUCUAGCCUGGGCAACAAGAGCAAAACUCCAUCUCAAAAAAAAAAGUGCCAUUUAAUAGCCAAACAGAGAGUGUAGAUUGGUGAGCUCUUGCUGCGGAGAUGGGAGGAGAGCAGGGCAUUGCAGUGGACUGGCCACUCAGAGGGUUUCCCGACGUUCGGGCUUUCUCCGCCAAGGCUCCGGGAACAGCGACACUGUGUUCCCAUGUGUGUUUACCUCCUCUUCUGGCAGCUACUUGGAGCCUGUGUCACAUGUCUGUGUCUGCCUUGUCCUUUGAAAAGAGCAGCUCAAGCUUUUGAGCUCCGCCCCGGGGGCUGCCACAGCUGAUAGGGUGGGGAUUAACAAGGGCUGGGGAUUGGGCUUCCAGCUGCUCAGCCCUGCUCACCAGCUCUUGUGGCCACUGAGGCCAUUAAAUGGGGGCAGCAGACUGUAGGACUCGGUCGUCCUCUGUUCAGAGACUCACCACGUGGAGCCCUGAUAGGAGACUGACUUGACAGCCACCCUCCCAAGUGUCCAGGUCCCCUUGGCCCUGUGGUACAAAUACCUUGCCGUUCCGUUGUGUGCACCCCUGCCUGUCACCAUUGCUUUCUGCUCCUCACACCUCCCCUCUGCCCACAUGCUAUUUUUGCUUUUUCAGUUGGUGGAAGUGCUUCCACCCAGAGUGUGUGUCCCAUCACCUGUGGCCCCCAGGGUCUCCAGAUGUGGCAUUGCUGUGAUACGCAGCUGCACCCCAUCCUGUGCGGAGCUGUCUUGCACUGGGGCUGAUUGGGUCUUAUCUCGCUUUCCGUAAACAAGUGACUCUUGGGUUCUUUCCUUUGCUUCCCUCACUUCCCCACCCACGGAAAUGUCCCAGCCCCAGUAGGGAAGGAGGGCAGGAUCUGUGCACUUUCUUUUAUUUUUCUUUCUUUCUUUUUUUUUUUUUUUGAGACAGAGUUUCGCUCGUUACCCAGGCUGGAGUGCAAUGGCGCGAUCUCGGCUCACCGCAACCUCCGCCUCCUGGGUUCAGGCCAUUCUCCUGCCUCAGCCUCCUGAGUAGCUGGGAUUACAGGCACGCGCCACCACGCCCAGCUAAUUUUUUGUAUUUUUAGUAGAGACGGGGUUUCACCAUGUUGACCAGGAUGGUCUUGAUCUCUUGACCUCGUGAUCCACCCGCCUCGGCCUCCCAAAGUGCUGGGAUUACAGGUGUGAGCCACCGUGCCCGACCCUUUCUUUUUUUUUUUGCGACGGAGUUUCACUCUUGUUACCCAGGCUGGAGUGUAAUGGCGCGAUCUUGGCUCACUGCAACCUCCGCCUCCUGGGUUCAGGCAAUUCUCCUGCCUCAGCCUCCCAAGUAGCUGGGACUACCGGCACGCGCCAUCAUGCCCAGCUAAUUUUUUGUAUUUUUAGUAGAGACGGGGUUUCACCAUGUUGACCAGGAUGGUCUCAAUCUCUUGACCUCGUGAUCCACCCGCCUCGGCCUCCCAAAGUGUUGGGAUUACAGGCUUGAGCCACCGCACCCAGCUCUUGUAUUUUUCUUUUUGAGACGGAGUCUUGCUUUAUUGCCUCACAAGGCUGAGGCGGGAGAAUCAAUUGAACCUGGGAUUACAGGCAUGAGCUAUCGUGCCCGGCCAAGUUUUGGACUUUUACUAAAUUUGUUACUAAAUAGUUUUUCCUUUCCUUUUUUUUUUUUAAAGGAGUUUCACUCUUACUGUCCAGGCUGGAGUACAGUGGCAUGAUCUCAGCUUACUGCAAACUCUGCCUCCGGAGUUUAAGCGAUUCUACUGCCUCAUCCUCCUGAGCAGCUGGGAUUACAAGCAUGUGUCACCAUACCUAGUUAAUUUUUGUAUUCUUAGUAGAGAUGAGGUUUCACCACAUUGGCCAGGCUAGUCUCAAACUCCUGACCUCAGGUGAUCUGCCCUCCUCAGCCUCCCAAAAUGCUGGGAUUACAGUGCUGAGCCACCGCAGACAGCCAAAUACUUUAUUCUUUUUAGUACUAUUUUAAGUGGAGUUGUUUCUUAAUUUCAUUUUGCAAUGUUCAUUGUGUUCUUUUUUUUUUUUUUUGAGAGGGACUUUUACUCUUGUUGCCCAGGCUAUGGUGCAGUGUUGUGUUCCCAGCUCACUGCAACCUCUGCCUCCCGGGUUCAAGCAAUUCUCCUGCCUCAGCCUCUUGAGUAGCUGGGAUUACAGGCAUGUACCACCACACCCCGCUAAUUUUUAUAUUUUUAUUACAGACGAGGUUUUGCUACGUUGGCCAGGCUGGUCUUGAACUCCUGACCUCAAGUGAUCUGCCCACCUUGGCCUCCCAAAGUGUUGGGAUUACUGUCGUGAACCACCAUGCCUGGCCAGUGCACUUUCUUUUGAGGGUGGACCUUACUGUUCCCCGCCAGGAAGCAUGCCUGCUAAGUGCGCACACUCAGUGUCUGGCGUGACGGAUUGUACAAAGUGAACCCAGCCACACAGCUACCACCCGUAUCACACGUGAAACUACCACCAGGACUCAGACAUCUCCCUCGUGUUCCCUAGUGGCCUCCUAGACCAGCUGGCCCUCCCCUGCCAUCUCUGUCCUCUGCAUGAAAAACCAAGCAGAGUGCUGUCUUCUGCCUGGGACCUCCCCACUGCCUCGGGAAUGGGGGCUUGUUCCUGUUCAUCACCAUGGAAGGGGCACAGGCUGGACUUUUCUUGCUGUGUCACUUGGGUACCUGCAGAGUGCCUGGCAUAGUGAGCAGGGGUUGGGGCAUGGCGUGAUCCAGGUAGGGUUCAGAAGGUUCUUUGAAUAGCCAAGAGGGAGACUUGCCCUUGACACCCGAGAAUGCAUUGAAACCAGGGUGACUACUGCAGCAUCAGAGGCCUGGUGAUACAUGCAGGACCUCGAGGGGCUCCUGUGACUAGGAGUCCAGCGUGUGGCCGAGGUGGGCCAGACUGGAUGGCCAGCAGCCGCCUGGGGAUGAUUGGUGACCUCUCAACCUGUGUGAGCAGAGCCGCCCUGCACCACCAUGUGCAUCAUCUUCUUUAAGUUUGAUCCUCGCCCUGUUUCAAAAAAUGCGUACAGGGCUGGACAUGGAGGAAGGCAAGGAAGGAGGCACAUGGCUGGGCAUCAGCACACGUGGCAAGCUGGCAGCACUCACCAACUACCUGCAGCCACAGCUGGACCGGCAGGCCCGAGGACGAGGGGGCCCCACAUCAGUGUUCCCAGGAGAAGAACACAUCCCUGCAGCCUUGGACACGGCAUCUGUCCCCUGCCCACAGGUGAACUUGUCACCCACUUUCUGACCACUGAUGUGGACAGCUUGUCCUACCUGAAGAAGGUCUCUGUGGAGGGCCAUCUGUACAAUGGCUUCAACCUCAUAGCCGCCGACCUGAGGCCCAGGGCUCCAUGCCCAGCAUCCGGCCUGGGAAGGCAUCUCACAGGCCACAAAGAGACCCUCUUCACUUUGAAAAAAAGCACAGCAAAGGGAGAUGUCAUUUGCUACUAUGGGAACCGAGGGGAGCCUGAUCCCAUCGUUUUAACUCCAGGGACCUACGGGCUGAGCAACGCGCUGCUGGAGACACCCUGGAGGAAGCUGUGCUUUGGCAAACAGCUCUUCCUGGAGGCUGUGGAGCGGAGCCAGGCGCUGCCCAAGGACGUGCUCAUCGCCGACCUCCUGGAUGUGCUCAACAACGAAGAGGCGCAGCUGCCAGACCCGGCCAUCGAGGACCAGGGCCGGGAGUACGUGCAGCCCAUACUGAGCAAGUACUCGGCUGUGUGUGUGCGCUGCCCUGGCUACGGCACCAGCCUGACGAUGGAGGAAAAAGGAAGAUUUGGACACGGACAGAUAUGCACACAGGGAGAACACCGUGUGAAGACUAGAAUUCUCCAUGAGCCAAGGUAUCACCAGAAGCUGGGAGAGGGGCCUGCUUCAAAGCUUCUCCUGGAGACCUCAGAGGGAGCAGGGCCGCCAUCACUGUGAUCGUGGACUUCCAGCCUCCAGAACUGUGUGACAAUAAAUGUGUUAUUUAAGUGGU